AUGGCCGCCAACGCAGCAGCAUCCGCCGUCGCCCACGGCAUCAAGUCGGUCGGCGUCGUCGGCGCGGGCCAGAUGGGCCUCGGAAUCGCCUAUGUCGCCGCACUCCGCGCAGAGAUCCCCUCGGUCCUCCUCUGUGACGCAAGCCAGGCCCAGCUCGACAAGGGCGUCUCCUUCUUCGAGUCACUCCUCAAAAAGGACGUCGGAAAGGGAAAGAUCAAGCAGGACCAGGCAGACCUCGCCCGAUCCCGCCUCAUCACCGUCCCCAGCGUAGAGGAUUUCGCCAGGGACUCGUCCAAGACGCCCGACAUGGUCAUCGAGGCCGCGACAGAGAACCUGGCCAUCAAGCAAAAGAUCUUUGGCAGCCUCGCAACCCACCUGCCCCUCACCACCAUCCUCGCCACCAACACCAGCUCCAUCAGCAUCUCCAAGAUUGCCGCAUCCGCUGUCCCCGCCGGCGCCAAGCCCGGCAGCGAAGAGGCGUGGAAGGGACCCGCACGCGCGCUCGGCGUGCACUUUUUCAACCCGGUUCCCGUCAUGAAGCUGGUCGAGAUCAUCCCUGCGCUGCAGACGUCGCCCGACGUGCUGGAGCGCGCCCAGGCGUUUGCGCGCGCGUGCGGCAAGGAGAUUACGACGUCCAAGGACGUUCCAGGCUUUGUUUCGAACCGCCUGCUGAUGCCCUUUAUCAACGAGGCCAUCAUGACGCUCGAAAAGGGCAUCGCGACGAAGGAGGACAUUGACACGACGCUCAAGCUGGGCAUGAACCACCCCAUGGGCCCGCUCACCCUCGCCGACUUUAUCGGCCUCGACACGUGCCUGAGCAUCAUGGAGACCAUGUACCGCGAGACGUCCGACUCCAAGUACCGUCCCGCGGUGCUGCUGGGCAGGAUGGUGGAUGCCGGCUGGUACGGCAAGAAGAGCGGAAAGGGCUUCUACGACUACUGA